UAAUUCUCAGUUGGGACUUGGGAGUUCGAAAGAAAGAAGAAAAACGUGAAAGUACGGAACCACCCCGCAUCCCCUACCUAACGUAGCCCUGCGGCGCCCGCCAAGCAGCACGCCGCCGCCGCCAGUGGCAAUUCUGCAAUUUAACCAACAAAUCCCCGAAAGGCCGAAACUUUGUUGCCCUUUAUCUAUUUAACGCACGAGCUGCACAGUCCCAGCUCUUCCCGUCCAUGUCACACUCUCUUCUCACACUCCGAACACUUAGCAUUUUCCGUUGUUGGAGCUCGAUUGCAUCAGUGAUGCCGCCUCCGAUUCUCUCGUUGACUUUGCCGUCCGAAACUGGUCGGGUUCUCAGCAUCCAAUCUCACACAGUUCAGGGAUAUGUCGGAAAUAAAUCAGCUGUCUUUCCUCUUCAAUUAUUGGGCUAUGAUGUGGAUCCAAUCAAUUCAGUGCAGUUCUCAAACCACACAGGUUACCCAAGUUUUAAAGGGCAAGUUUUGAAUGGACAGCAACUAUGGGACUUAAUAGAAGGCCUUGAAGCAAAUGACUUAUUAUAUUACACUCAUUUAUUGACAGGUUAUAUUGGUUCAGUGUCUUUCUCGGAAACUGUAUUGAAAGUAGUCAACAAGCUACGCUCCAUUAAUCCCAAACUUACAUAUGUUUGUGAUCCAGUGAUGGGUGAUGAAGGAAAGUUUUAUGUUCCUGCAGAGCUUGUAUCAUUAUAUCGAGAAAAGGUUGUUCCUGUGGCUUCAAUGCUGACUCCUAAUCAAUUCGAAGCUGAGCAAUUGACUAAUUUGAGAAUUUUAUCUGAACAAGAUGGAUGGGAAGCUUGUAACAUUCUGCAUGCUGCUGGACCUUCAAAGGUUGUGAUAACUAGCAUAAAUAUAGAAGGAAAUCUUCUCCUCAUAGGCAGUCAUCAAAAAGAAAAGGGUCAGGCUCCUGAACAAUUCAAGAUUGUAAUACCAAGAAUUCCUGCAUAUUUUACGGGAACAGGAGAUCUAAUGACUGCACUUUUACUUGGAUGGAGUAAUAAAUAUCCUGAUAACCUUGACAAAGCAGCAGAGCUUGCUGUAUCAAGCUUGCAGGCACUUUUACAGCGGACAGUGAAUGACUAUGAACGUUCUGGAUUUGAUCCAUCUACAAGCGGCUUAGAGAUUCGCUUGAUCCAGAGCCAGGAUGACAUUCGCAACCCACAAGUUAAAUUCAAGGCUGAGAAAUACUGCAAAGUAGCCAGCAUGCAUUGAUAAAUACUAACCAUUAUUGUUAUAAUCUACCCGCGAGAUGCUUUGUGCUAAUGAUAUCUUACCAUGACAAGGCUGUGCCAUAGUCAAUAUUGCAAAAAUGUCAUAAUCAUUUUUUUUUUUUUAUUACACUGUUUUUUUUUCUAAUGUUUGCAUGGGGGAAUGGUUAUUUUUUGUUUGCAGUUGUGCAAAUCUCAUAAACAAGCUGCAGCCAGCCUUCUUUAAGUUGUAUAAAUAGCAAAAUCCUUUGAAUUUCA